AUCCCAUCGUGCCCGCUGCCAUUGUACAUUAAUGCCACCGGUUUGUAUAUUAUCUCCUUCAGACGAAGCCAGAUCUUCUUUCAUGCGCCGUGCCUUCUGCGACGUGUAAUUGUUUGCCUUCCCCCCAGAUAGACACUGCAGACAUGGCGGCAAGCAACAAUGACGCUUCCAAGACCGACGUCGCCGAGUCCGUGGCCGCAGAGCAGACACUGAACGGCCAGGUUGCCGCUGCUGAGCAGCCGGAGGGGAAUGGUCCCAGUGUGCCCCAUGUCGACAAUGUAUUCCAAGUCACCAUCAAGCUCCCCCACGAGCCGUUUCAGACACAGAUCAUGCUCUCGACCCAGGAGCAGGUGCAGGACCUCCGCCAGUCCGUUGUCGAGACCCCGCAGACGUUCCAGUACUCGUGCUUCCACCUCGAGCACGACGGCAAGCGCAUCAACGACUUCGUGGAGCUCUCUGAGGUCCCUGGCCUGAAGCCAGACUCCGAACUGACGCUCAUCGAGGACCCCUACACCGAGAAGGAGGCACGCAUGCACGUAAUUCGUGUCAGGGAGCUGAUCGGCGCUACUGGCGACAGGACCGACACGCUGCAGGGCAUCAUGGCCGGUCUCUCCCUGCACGACACGGUCGCCCAGGACGACUCUGAGAGCGCGAAGCAGAGCGUCGCCGAGCAGUCGGUGCUGGGUGACUACGACUUCAAGGCGCCUGGCUCCGUGAAGACGCUGUUGCCGCCCCCCCAAGACCCCGCCCCGAAGACAAUCAAAUCAAUCUCCGUGUCCCCCUGGAAUCCCCCGCCAUACCACCUGCGGUCAAAAGGACACCUCCUGUACCUGCAGCUCACCACCAACGAGGGCGAUCAGCACCACAUCACUGCACAUGUCGGGGGCUUCUAUGUUAACAAAUCCUCAAACACAAAGUUCGAUCCAUUCCCGCGCCCCGCACCAAAAGACUACUCCGCACACUCCCUCCUCACGCUCAUCUCCAAGGCCUCUCCGUCAUUCGAGUCUUCUUUCAAGUCUCUCCUGGAGCACAAUGCGAAGAAAGACCUCCUUACCAUCUUCCAACUCUCCAAUGCCAUCCCGGCCAACCCGUGGCUGGUCCCCGCGCCGAAUUCCUCCCACACCGUACACCAAGCCGACCUGGCACGGACGCAAGAGAGCUAUCUCAUAUCUGGGGUGGAUAGCACGGAGACACUACGCGACUGGAAUGAGGAAUUCCAAUCGACCCGGGAGAUGCCAAAGGAGGCGGUGCACGACCGUGUUUUCCGGGAACGCCUCACCUCGAAGCUUUUUGCGGAUUACAAUGAAGCGGCCACGCGCGGUGCAAUGCUGGUAGCUCGUGGGGAGAUUGCCCCACUGAACCCUACUGAAGCCAAGGAUGCCCAGAUCUUCGUCUACAACAACAUUUUCUACUCGUUCGGCGCUGAUGGUGUUGGGACGUUUGGCACAGAAGGAGGGGAUGAGGCGGCUCGCGUCGCUGUUGGUAAGGACGUCGUCGGAGUUCGGACGGUGAACAACUUCGAUAUCCAGGGUCUUUUCACCUCCGGCACCGUUGUUGUUGACUACCUCGGAAAGCGUAUUGUCGGUCAAAGCAUCGUCCCUGGGAUCUUCAAGCAGCGAGAUCCCGGCGAGCACCAGAUCGACUAUGGCGCGGUUGAAGGCAAAGAAAUCGUUGCAGAUGACAAGACCUUCGUUCCUCUCUUCGAGCAGCUUUCAAAGGCUCUCAGAGUCAAGAAGCACCCUGUUUGGGACAAGGAUAAUGUUCGGCAUGAAUUAGAAGGAAGCGUCGAGACCAAGGGUCUCAUUGGCACUGACGGAAGGCGGUAUGCCCUCGAUCUUUACCGACUGACUCCCCUGGAUGUCUCCUGGGUUGAGGAGUACUGGAGCGAGCCUGGAAAGGAUGGAGAGGCUAAACCGAAAGAGAAGGACUAUCCGCACAGAAUGGCCACUCUCCGACCCGAGCUUGUCGAGUCCUAUGGACGACUCAAGCUUCGAGACUAUAUUAAAAUCGAGCUUGCCAAAAAAGCCGAGGCAUCGAAGGAGGCCGAAGGCGAAGAAAAGAGGGUGGUAAAUGGCGAUGCAAACCCGUCAACAGAAAAUAAAGAGGAGUCAUCCGAGUCGAAGGAAGUGAAGGAAGAUGUCGAGGCCAGCGAGCAAGAUCGUGUGGACAUUUCUGGCUUCCAGUUCGCCCUCAACCCUGACGUCUUCUGCGGCCAGCAUCCUCAGUCUGAAGAAGACAAAGUUGAGUGGUCCAAGGAUGAGGCGGAAGUUCGUGCGGCUUGCAACUACCUCCUCACAGACAUUAUUCCCCAUCUGAUCCAGGAACUCAAGGACGGCGAAGUCGGCUUCCCGAUGGAUGGCCAGUCCUUGAGCACCCUGCUCCACAAGCGAGGCAUCAACAUCCGAUAUCUAGGCAAGAUUGCUCAGCUUUCCGACAAAGAAGAUCCUCGGCUGCAAGCCUUGAAACGACUAGUUAUCCAGGAAAUGAUUGCGCGUGGAUUCAAGCACUUUGCGAAUUCCAAGAUGCGGAAUCUUCCUCCUCCAUUUGCGGCUGCAUGCGUUGCGCAUCUGUUGAACUGCCUGCUGGGCAGUGAUCUGAAUGCUAAACCCGUCGCUGAGACUGAUUCAACAUUAAAAUCGAUGUACCCGGAAGCUGAUUUCGGAUUCGAGGCGGUUACUGCUGAGAGUUUGAAGAAGGAAGUCGUAGCACAUGUCGCAUUGAGGUAUCGAUACAAUCUCGGAAAGUCUUGGAUCGAGCCUGGUAAGCAGACGCAACUUCUCCGAGAGGUCUGCUUGAAGCUAGGUCUACAGUUGGAGAUGAAGGAAUAUGCAUUCACGAAGCAGGUCGUGGUCAAUGGUACUUCCACCGACACCAACAGCACCCCAACGGCGAACGGACAUACUACCACUUCGAGCAAGAAGAAAAAGAACAAGAACGCGAAUGGUUCUCCAACACGUGCCACAAGCCCGGUUUGUGCGGCUCCUCCUCAGACUUUCCACGCCGACGAUGUGCUCAACAUUGUCCCGGUAGUCAAGGAAGCUUCACCAAAGAGUCUUCUUGCGGAAGAAGCUUUAGAAGCUGGCCGGAUGUCUGUUGCACAGGACCAGAAGGAACUUGGCCAAGAGCUCCUCCUCGAAUCGCUAUCUCUCCACGAACAAAUCUACGGUGUUCUCCACCCCGAAGUCGCGCGCGUAUACCACACACUCUCCAACCUCCUCUACAAUCUCGAUGAAAAAAACGCCGCAGUCGAGCUCGCCCACAAAGCCGUCAUCGUGUCCGAACGUACUCUCGGUGUCGACCAUGCCGAUACCGUCCUCAACUACCUCAACCUCGGCCUCUUCGAGCACGCUAACGGCAAUACUAAAGCCGCACUAGCGUAUGUCCGGCACGCGCUAGAACUCUGGAAGGUCAUCUACGGUCCCAACCACCCUGAUUCCAUCACCACACUCAACAAUGCAGCCGUAAUGUUGCAGUCUAUGAAACAAUACCAUGAGUCCCGCCUGUGGUUCGAAGCCUCGCUCGCGAUUUGCGAAGACGUGUCCGGCAAGCAAUCGAUUAAUACAGCCACCCUCCUCUUCCAACUCUCGCAAGCCCUUGCCCUAGAUAAAGAUAUGCGUGCCGCUGUGAAUCGUAUGCGCGAGUCGUAUAAUAUCUUCAACACCGUCCUCGGCCCCGACGACCGCAACACCAAAGAAGCAGAACAAUGGCUCGAACAGCUGACACAAUCCGCCGUUAUUCAGGCUAAGCAACUGCAAGACCUCGCCAAAGGACGCGUGCGCCGCGUGCAGUUGACUGGCACGGGCAGUCGUGGGAGCCUGAGACCGCAGCCGUCGGUUGGGCAGGUGGCGAGUGGUAUUGAGGCUAGCGGGAAUGGAGUUGGUGGUGCGGCCAGGGGGAGUAGGGUUGACCAGAGGAGUAUCGAGGAAUUGUUGAGGUAUAUUGAGGGGACAGAUGGGCCGAAGGCGAAAGGACAGAAGAAGGGUACACAGAAUCCGAAACGAAGGACGCAAAAGGCCGUGAACUGAACCAUGGCGAUAGCAUGACCGAGAUGAAGAGACUUGGA